AUGAACGGGGACAGCACCUUAGUCCCUCGCUCACUCGUUGUCCCGUCAGGUGACACUCGCUGGCCGCUUGUGGCGUGGGGAUACCGACUGGGAGAAGGUGUCCAUGAUCUGCGCCAACGAGCUAGGAAGCGCGAGCUUUCGCCUCAGAUGAGCACCCAGCUGAAGGAGCUCAACUUCGCCUUCAACGCCCCUCAAUUCCAGCGGGACGAAAUCAUUAUGCCGGCUCUGCGUCACUUUCACCAAGUACAUGGCCACACUGACGUCCCCACCGUCUUCUUCGUCCCGGAUGGCGACGACGCGUGGCCACGGAUGGCUUGGAAUUGCUCGCUGGGUCGAACGGUUGAUCACAUCCGGAAUGGAAACGGGUUUGCACCACAAGUGGCGGCGUCCGAGCAAGAGCUCAGGCAGAUGAAGUUUUGCUUGGACAUGCCGAUCGUUGAUCGAGACUGGAAUAAAAAAAUAAUUCCGGCGCUCAAGGUUUUCCGCCAGAUCCACCACCACUGCAUCGUGGAGAGGCCGUUCAAGGUGCCACGCGCGUCCCCGUGGCCUGAAGAUGCGUGGGGAUUCGCGCUUGGCUCGGUCAUUAAGGGGGUGUGA